AUGGCUAGUGGUCGCAGCUCCAGCUCCAUCGGCCAUCCCGCGGGCCCUUUUUGCAUAGCAUCCUUCUUUCUCUGGACCUUGGACGAUCAGGUCCCCCCAGCCCUGAUUGCUAUCACCAACAAAGACCCAACACCAACCAACUCAUCGAACCUCCCACCUCAAAUGCGCGAAUACACCAGUUUUGUAUCCUUGGAGAUCGGCCCAGCUCCGGCCCAGAACCGUGACCGUGGGUUAGCCCUGUCUCUGCUUGUUUUUCUCAUCCCGUUCUCUUGUCCUCCCUUUAUCCCCGGCUUUUACGUUCCCCCCACUGGCAUCCACCGCGGCCACUGUCCACCCAUUGCCGAUGCCUCUUGA